GCUGCGCGUUUUGAAGGCGCAAAGCCCUCGGAGCAGUGGCCGACAUGGAGUGCGUCCGGCUUUUGAGGCAGCGGCUGCGGCCUGGCGUGCACUGUUUCUUUGGCAGGCGGCUUUGCUGCAGCUGCAGUCGCCGCUGCGGUCCGCUCCUGGGAGGGAGUCCGUGGCGCUUUCCAAGUGGGGCGCCGCUGGGGUGCGGAUCCGAAAAAUGCCGGUGGCGCAGAAGUGGCGGAGAGACCUUACUUUGCGCAUAUGCUCUUUCUCAGCACUACAACACAGAGGUGACUCAAGCUACUUUAGCUAGUGUGGCACCAGUGUUUUCAGUGAUGAAAUUUGAUAAAGAAGGCAAUGUUACCUCCUAUGAAAGAAAGAAAACAGAAUUGUUUCAAGAACUAAGUCUUCAAGCACGAGAUCUACGGUUUCAACAUCAAGUAAAUAUAACACCCAGGAACAACAAAAUCAUUAUGAGAAUGGAGUUUUUGAAGGCUGUGAUAACACCAGAGUAUCUUCUAAUCCUAGACUAUCGCAAUACAAAUCUGGAAAAGUGGCUGUUCCAAGACCUGGCAUCUCAGCUAGCUGGGGAAGGUCAACUAGUUACAUAUUCUUUGCCUUUUGAAUUCAGAGCUAUAGAAGCAAUGCUGCAAUAUUGGAUCAGCUACCUGAGUGGCAAACUUAGCCAUCUGCAGCCUCAGAUUCUUGAAACUCUGAAUGCUUUAGUGGAUCCUAAGCUUUUGUCCCUGGAUAGGAGUAAAGUCCACAUCUUACUGCAAAAUGGAAAGAGUUUGUCUGAAUUAGAAACUGACCUUAAAGUUUUCAAAGAGACGAUAUUGGAAAUCCUAGAUGACAAAGAAGUCAUGGAAGAACUGUGUUUGACUAAAUGGACAGAUCCAGAAGUAUUUGAGGCAAGUCUUUCUGGAAUUGACCAUGUGGAGGAGAUGGAACUCCUGUUGGAAAAUUACUACAGGCAGGCAGAAGAUCUAAUGAAUGAAACCCGGGAACUUAAAAUACUGAUUGAUGAUUCUGAAAGUAUCAUCUUUAUCAACUUAGACAGCCACCGUAAUGUUAUGAUGAGGUUGAACUUGCAGCUGACCAUGGGUACUUUUUCAAUCUCGCUUUUCGGAUUGAUAGGAGUAGCAUUUGGUAUGAAUUUGGAAUCAUCAUUUGAAGAGAACCAUGGAAUGUUCUGGCUGGUGACAGGAAUUAUGUUCCUAGGCAGUGGCUUAAUUUGGCGGCGCCUGCUGACAUUUCUUGGGAGGCAUCUAGAACCAUCAAUGCUUCCACCAAUGCCGGGUUUAUUGAAAAAAACACAGUCAGCCAAUGGAAAAGUAGAGUUUAAGAAUGUUUUCAAAACCGAAUCCUUUGAGUCAAGCAGAAGUACAAUGACCAGCCAAUGACAUGAAUACUCCAGGAUAACUUGAACUCGAGACUUUCAUCCUGGAUUUACUUUUUCAAAAAAAAAAUGUAGCAGCCUCUACCAUUUGACUGUGUUAUAUCCCGAAAAUACGAAGUUAAAAAUCUUCAGUUAUGGAGAGAAGAGUUUUGAAUACCACAAUAGAAAAUUUAAAUCGUGUACAUGUUAAAGCCAUCCCCUUUUUUCCUCUAACUAAUGCUUUCUGUGGGAAUUCUGAUAAAAUUAUGAUACUUUUGCCAAUGUAAGAAAACCGUGUCUACCCUAAUAAUAGUUUCACACAUAUUCUUCAUAGGUAGAGUUCAUAGAAGGCAAAAGUGUUAUCUGAAUUAUUUCUAAAGAGUGAGAUAUAUUUAUGUAAAAAUAGUGUUAUCUCUGAUAACAAAUUCUCUUUUGAAAAUAAUACACCAUAAUGUUAAUUUCAUGUUGUAUUGUUUAAAUUAAGUAUUUUGUAAAGAUACUGUUUUAUUGCUAUCUCUUCAGUUAUUGGAUUCUGAAAGGUAAAAAGCUUAUUUUAUUCAAUUUUAUAUUCCUGUCAUAAUUACCAAAAAUAAAGUUACUAGUACUGUUUUAGGAGAAAGCUCCCCCUUUUUAAGGAAGCUUCAUUUGUUUCUGAAGCUUGUGGAGCUCAUGAGAGAAGUUUUACUUGCUUGCAGAAGGUUGCCGUGAGGCGUGGCACGACAAAACCGCGAAGCCCUUAUCCGCGGAGACAUAAGCGCGUCGCUAAAGCCGCGACGUCAUCA